AUGCUCCUGAUUCUCCUCACCAGUCCUCACCAACAUCCGCAAGACAACACUCAAGCAGAAGACAAUACUACAGUCAUGACCACACCAACACUGGAUCCCGCUCUCUUCAAUGAGCGCCUCCCACUUGAACUGCGCAGACAAAUCUUCCGAGCUUACAUGCACUCCGACUACUCCUCACUAUCGCCUCAAGCCCUCACGAAUAUCCUCACCAUCAACGAAACCAUCGCAGAACAAUACCAAGCCGAAUUCGAGUUCCAGGCACAAAGAGACGCCGCCCGCCUAUCUCAAGAGCUCACUACCCGCUACCCGCAACUGGACUUCACAGUCAGGAGCCCACAGACCUUUGACCAAGCAAAGUGCCUGAAGAUAGAAGUCGAGAUGAGCGUGGCGAACAUUACCAACCUGCCCGAGCUGCUCGGGACAUUCGCACGAGAAGUCAUCGGGCGGCGUACAUUGCUUCAUACGCGGACACUGAGUCUUCGUCUAGUGCCUGAACAUCCUUCAAGAACCUACUCAACCGCUGCCAACAGGUUUCAGACGCCGGACUUGUUAAUGUUUUUGCUAGGGCACGAGGUCGUUGCCAAGUUCAUGGACGUGAGUCAGGUUGGCGUGCUGCCCGUGGACAUGGCCUGA